CUUCUUUUUUUUUUGUUCCAACUGAGCAUCUCUCCUUCUGCUCUCCCUCUCACUCUCUCUCUCUCUCUCCUCCGCCCACCACCAUUGAUCCGACCACUCACCGCCGCCUCGCCGGCUUCUUCUUCGCCUCAUCGCAUCGCCCGCUGCGCUCCUCCGCAUUUUCCUCCCUUUAUUUGUCCAUAGCACGGUGCUUCCCCCCCCGGUCUUUGGAACCUCGUUGGACUAGAUCAUGGCGAGCACAGAGGACAAACCGGCCAGCAAGGAGAACGCAUCCAGCUGGAAAGACUCCAUCUACAACCCGAGGACCGGCGAGUUGCUGGGUCGCACGGCCAGCAGCUGGGCCUUCAUCUUGUUGUUCUACUUGGUCUUCUACUGCUUCCUGGCUGGAAUGUUCGCUCUGACCAUGUGGGUGAUGCUGCUGACGCUGAACGAAGACAAGCCCCAGUACCAGGACCGUGUUACCAACCCAGGUCUGGUGAUUCGUCCCAAUUUCCUGGACAUCUCCUUCAACAAAAGCGUCCCUGCGCAGUACUCCAGCUACGUCAAACAUCUGGAGGGCUUCCUGCAAAACUACAAUGAAACCCUGCAGGAGCAGAACGAGGACUGCACUCCAGGGGAGUACUACAUGCAGGAGGACAAGGCGGAGAAGAUCAAGAAGGUCUGUCGCUUCAGGAGGAGCUCUCUCAACCUCUGCUCCGGACUCUCUGACACCAACUUCGGAUACUCUGAGGGGAAGCCGUGCGUGCUGCUGAAAAUGAACCGGAUCAUCGGUCUGAUGCCGCGCGGAGAGCCUUACAUCAACUGCACAGUCAAGAAAGAGAGCUCAGUCCAGAUGUCAUAUUUCCCAAGAGAGGGCCGGAUCGAUAAGAUGUAUUUCCCCUACUACGGCAAGAAAGCCCAGGAGAACUACGUGCAGCCGCUGGUGGCUGUCAAGCUGCUGCUCUCCAGUGAGGACUACAACAAGGAGCUGCCCGUGGAGUGCAGGGUAGAGGGCUCCAACAUCAAGAACAACGACGAGAGGGACAAGUUUCUGGGACGCGUGACCUUUCGAGUCAAGGUGGUCGAGUAAACGCGGAGAGCGGCCGGUAAACGCACCCCGACGCCGCGGCUGCCCACGUGUGCUAUGGAUUUACAAAUCAGGAAGGAAGUGUCAAAUCCGUCUCAAAGGCAGAAUUGGUCGCGAGCGGCGCCACCCAAUAUUGCUUUGACGACAUUUCUGACCCUUCUUUCCCUCGAAAUGACCUCCUGUAGAGAGCAAGGAACCUGCUCCCGAUCCAAACCAUCCUUCCACAGUUUGCACUGUCCACCCGCCACCCAUCCCCAUCCAGCGACUAUAGCCAUUGCGAGCAAGCCAUUCGACGCCGUGCGAUGCAAACUCUGUGUCAUCAUUUACGAGCGAGGGGGAUUUCCUUCCUGCCGUGACGUUUAAAUCGAAAAAACCUAGAUCAUUGUUCGGGCACAUUCCAAGAGUAACUCACAUGUCACCUCACCAAACGUCCAUAUGUUGAUACUCGAUUAUAGCCACUGUAUCCUUGUAUAUGAAACGCAGACUACAAAGACCCUUUCUACAUAUAAAUACAUUGUGAACCAUAUUUAGGGAAUUAUAGGUAGAUCUUUGUGUUGUGGUCCGCGGGUCCACAGCCCCAGUCUUGUGCCGUCGUCCGUCCGUCUGCAUGUCUGUCUGUCUGUCUGUCCGUCUCCCUGUCUACACACCUCUCCACUGCAAUAGCCGACAUGUGGAAGAGCCGUCCAGGACUAGAUGAGUUGCCGCGUUGCUGUACAUUGAAGGUAGCUGAGGCCACACACACACACACACACGAGCUACAGUGUAAAUUGUGAGGUGAGAGGAGAGUCUUGCAAAGAGAAGAGUUCACUGUAACUAUGUACUGUAUAUCUCUACGUGCUCUGUAUAUCUAUCUGGGUCUCAAAGAUUGUUUGUUAGUUUCUCUCUCUCUCUCUUCUUCAGCCUGUUGAUCUGAUUGUCUGCCAAUCUAUUACUCUUUAAUGUAUAUAUCUAAACACUAUCUACCAUAUUUACUUACUUCACACUGUAUUUUUGUCACGAAAACACAAUGUCUGUGCACUGUAAAGAAAUAAUUUAAGCAAAGAUUUACAGGAAAUUAUCUUAUUCAAAGCUAUGUUUACACAGUCUUCAAAGGAACCCGCGUUUGAAAGAACAACUUGUAACAUCUCUUCAGGGUGCCUUAAGACCUGAUGAAAUAAAUUGUGGAAUAAAAGUGAUUUUGAAGAAAAAAAGAAAC